UAUAACCUGGACUUAAUGCAGACCCAAUAUCUACAUUAUAUUAUCGGCCCACGUAGCCCCGUCGUUGAGUCCCAAUCGACGAAUGGUUUUGUCAAUGUAACGCAAUCUUCGGUCGAUGUUUUCAUUGACAACAGCAACUUGCAGGAUCAGACGGACUCUCUAGAUCAAGCGGUUUCAAUUGCAUUUCUUCAAAAUCUCGAUGAACGCCUAUAUAAAUUGGAUGACCUUAUAUCCCCGUCGAAAUUCUGGAGAGCCUUCCAUCCUUACUUCAAAGACUUCAUCAGUGUGAAUUCAAUCCCUUGGUGGAAGCCCUUGAAAUAUUUUAACUGGGGAUCAUUAGAAGAUGCCAUAGUUAGACUAUCAAAAAACGAAACAUACGAUGUCUUCGCAGGCACUUCUGGUAAUGUCGUUUUUCUAAGUAACGAUAAAUGUUCAGAUCCAUAUCCACUAACAUACAAAGUUGAACCGCAUGAUCGUAAUAUACCAUUAUAUGUUUGGAACUACAUAAGAAAAAAGGACCUCACUGACGACGGUGUUGUGGUGAUUGGGAUAAACUCACCGUUCUUCGAUAGUCUAAGUAAAGAAAAUAUUAUCUGUGAGGAUAUUUGUGAUAAGUUACCCUGGUUUAACCAAUUAAAUAAAAGGCGGAAAAUGCCAGCUCUAGGUUUUCUAUUUUGCUGCAAACCAGGGGAGGUAAAGGAUAAAUUAGAUGGUUUUCCGAUCAUUCAAAAUUUGUAAUUUUUUCAAA